AUGGCUCAUUCGAAUGCCUUGGAGAUGAUGACGGAAGCAAGCGAUCGCGAAUUUCUUUUAGCGCAGAGAGAAAAAGGAAGACCAGGAUACAUGUUGGGCUCCUACAGCGACGCAUGUGAUGACGGUAAGAGUCAGAAGGAACCAGAAAUCAAGGAGAGGGCCGGAAAACGCAUCAAUCCAACAGCAGCUAUCAAUCCAUACUCUAAAGUGUACAACGAAAAGGUAAAGCGCUCUAGAAUAAAUUUCCAUUCAACUCAGAACAAAAAAAAAAGAAACGCAGAACGCUGUGGAACAGAACGGCGCCGCACCGGUCCAGCCGAGGGAAGGAGACCACCACAACGAUUCCAACUUCAACCAGCAUGUCGAACCUUACCGAAUCCCAGCAUAGUUCAUCAUCUGGAGACCACUUGUAGUACCGAAGCCAUGAUCGUGAUCGCAUCGCUCCUGCAUCUAUUUAAGCUUGGAUUACUACUGAUAGCUACGAGGAGCAACGUCCAGGCCCAGAUCCAAGAUGUCACCAUCGUUCUCAGUCAGGGAACGAUCGUCGGGCUCAAAGUAUUCCCGGAGACGUCUCGCAUUCCCGUCUUCACCUACCUGGGCAUCCCCUACGCGAAGACCCCAUUGGAUGACCUUCGUUUCGCUCCUCCGGUGCCAAGUCCCGGAUGGAAUCGGACCCUCUACGCUCGGGACUUCAAACCGAUUUGUCCACAGUUGGAGAACAACAGCUACGACGAUGUGGACUCGCAGGGUCGGUACAAAUUCCGUGAAACCAGCGAGGAUUGCCUUUACCUAAACAUCUGGAUGCCGGAAACGGCCAUCAGAUAUGGAGGCUUCCCGGUACUGGUCAUGAUAACCGGAGAAGAAAUGGCUUUCGAUUGGUCCAUAAACCGGGCUACGGGAUUGGAUCUAGCCUCGGACGGGAUCAUUGUCGUAACGGUUCAGUACCGUUCGAAUGUCUUCGGAUGGCUGUCCCUUGGUCAGAAGUAUGCCCCUGGAAACUUGGGGCUACGCGAUCAGCAGCUGGCACUGCUGUGGGUAAAAGAUAAUAUACAAAAGUUUGGAGGAGACACCAAUAGGAUCACCCUCUUGGGUCACGGCACUACAGGAGGUCCAAAUGUUAUGACUCACCUGGUAAGUCCAAUGGCCCGGGGGUUAUUCUCCAAGGCGAUCAUAAUGUCCGGUACGAUCUUCUCGCCGUACUCCCGAGUAAAUACUGAUCGAAGCCUGUCGGAGGAGAUUGUGAAAAUUCUGGCCUGCAACUACGACAUUGGACGCAACGUACUCAAAUGUCUACAGCAGAAAAGCGUGCACGACCUGCUCAAGGCCUAUGAGUACGUCUACCGGAAUGGAAACUACACGAUCAACCUGGGCCCUAUCGUAGAUGAUUAUCUACCAGCCAUGGAGCGCUACGUUAUGGACGAUCCUCGAUCGUUGUUCACCUCGAAAUCUUUCAUCAUAGAGGAUAUGCCGAUCAUGUUCGGCAUCACGAGCAACGAAGGCGGUUUCAUGCUGAACAAAUGGCUGGACUUUGCCAAGCAAGGGCAGGGCUAUCUCCGGAAAUACGUCAACGAAUCAUUGAUUCCGAACAUUUUGGAACAGUACGAGUACGAUGGAAUUGGGCGGAAUCAGAUUCGCGAAACCAUUAGUUGGCGAUUUUUCGACCAAAUCCCGGACUCCACUGCCCACCUGCUUCAUUCGAUCAUCAAACUAACCACGGAAACCAAGUUCGAAAUUCCAUUCUACAAGACACUGGAAGUUCUCAGCAUGACCACUCCAGAUGCCAUCCAGGACCCAUCCAAGCCCGAUGAAACCCAGCAAGCCCUCCGAGGUGGCGGAAACCUGUACGUCUACCUUUUCCAUCACUCCAACUCGAUGGAUAUGCGAGGCAAGAUCAACUACUUUGGCGGUGCUUCACACUCGUCCGAUCUGCCGUUCCUGAUGGGACCCAGUCUUUUCCAGGAAAUCGGACGAAAGAGACUGUCCCAAUCAGAGGAUAAGCUCUGCAAGAAAAUUCGUGCUCUCUUCUGCGAGUUCAUCAAAGUCGGUGAUCCAACGCCCAGUCGCAAGGUCGACUCCUGGACGCCAUACACGGAGAACCUCAAGUACAUCAAACUGAUCUCCAACCGAGUUGACGCCAUCUUCCAAAACGACAAGCACAGUUUGGAGACCAUCUUCGAAGAUAACAUCAAAACCAUCGAGGACAAACUCCUUAACGUCAAUCAGGACGACGCCCCAAACCAGGAAAACCCCUACCUUUUGGGUCGUAACAACCUGGACGAUCAAGAAAGUUCUCGCUCGUCCAAGAGCGCCAUCUUCCUGGACAACACCAAAGAUUCCGAAUACUUCCACUACCUGCGUCGAAUCGAUAGCUUCUGGUACAGGUUCCUCCCGAAGCUCACCCAAAUCAUGAACGCCACCGAUCAGGAACGCCUGCGAAACAGACGAAUCGAUCUGAACCUGGAAGAAGAACAGGAACUGCUUCGCGAGUCUUCCGAAGCGUCCCGCUACAAGCAUGCUUUCUUCUCGAUGCUUACCCUGGUCUGUAUGCUCCUGGCCGUGCUGUGCGUCUGCGUGUACGUGUUGAAGAAGAGUACAAACAAAAGCUUUAGCAGUAUUUUAUGACACAAGUUCUUCUUCCGGUCCAAGCUGUUCGAUCGGAAGAACCGCACCAAGAAAGCGGAAGUGAGUGGUAGUGCGGCGGAUGAUGACGAUGAGUUCAACAUUACCGGUAUCAGCCACCGGAUCAAGACGGCACCGAUCGC